AUGGGGUACUCAUUCUUUUUGAAGCGCCCUCAAGGAGCUGGCGGGUGCAAUCGAAAGGGGAGGGAGAUAAGCAAAUCAUACGAAAGGUUUUUUUACAAACGACUGGAAAUGCGUGGACUGGAAUACUUGUGGCUUGCAACAACGAGGGAAUCGUGCGAUUCUCUUUGGGCUUCAUUUCCGCCUAGCGCAGUACUCGAUAGCGCGACGUGUAUGGGCGUUCGUGCGACACACGGCAUUUACUGUUGGACAAGUGGCUCUAGUGUUUUUCGAUCAUUUGCCAAAGAGAACUUCGAAGCUGACCUUGGAGCAUCAUAUUAA